AUUAUUAUACUACUCUUUGAAUAGAACCCAAUGACAAUUCACACGUUAGUUCACUUUGAAACUUCAUUUUUUUUGUUUUGAGUUUUAUGAUUAUUGUUUAGGUAAAGUAAGAAGUGUUGAAUUUUUGUAUAAAUUAAAGUUGCCAUGUCUGAACGUGGUCGAGGUAGAGCUCGGGGUCGAGCAGGUCGGGGAGGCGAUGGGGGAGCCCCACCGCCGCGUCGUCCGGGCGAACAGAUGCAGGCGGGUCCCGCGCCCCCGAGGCCUCAGCCGCCUUCAGCCUGGGGCCCUCCGUCUGUGGCGCCCCCAGUGCGGGCUGGCAUGCCGAAACCUUCCGAUACAGCUGGUCGAGCUUCUCAUCGUUCAACUCCAUCUACUCAUGCACAUCCUGGAGAUAUUGACAUACAACAUGAAAUGCAAAAGCUUGAUUUGGGUAAACCAGAGCAUGGGGGUGGUGAUGCAGGAAUGGUAGUGGGUCGAGGUGCACGGCGCGGUGGAGGCAGAGUCCUGCCGGAGCAGAUGACAGUAUUACGUACUCGACCUGCUCAAAUAACAUCAAAGAAAGGUAGCACAGGGACGCCUUUGGACCUUAUUGCAAACUACUUCACUGUGGAAACGACACCCCAAUGGUGCCUUUACCAGUACCAUGUUGAAUUCAAUCCAGAGGAAGACCGUACUGGAGUGCGCAAGUCCCUUUUGAAAAUACACAUGGUUAAUUUUGGAGGGUAUCUUUUUGAUGGAACUUCAAUGUACACAGCAAAGAAAUUGCCUCAAGACAAUAUGGAAUUCUACUCUGAAAGAAAGAAUGAUGGAGAAAAAAUUAGAAUACUUGUUAAACUUAUCUGUGCUGUGAGCCCAGGAGACUAUCAUUAUAUACAAAUUUUCAAUUUAACCAUCCGAAAAUGCUUCUACUUGAUGAACUUACAAUUAAUGGGCAGGGAUUUCUUUGACCCAGAUGCAAAGGUGGACAUACCUGAGUACCAACUACAAAUAUGGCCUGGAUACAAAACAACUAUAAAUCAGUAUGAAGACAGACUGUUGAUGGUUACUGAAAUCACACAUAAGAUUUUGCGCUUGGAUACUGUUCUACAAAUGAUACAUGCAUACAUAUCUACAAAAGGCGCAAACUAUAGAAGAAGCUUUGUUGAAGAUGUCAGCGGCCAAAUUGUAAUGACUGAUUACAACAAAAAAACCUAUAGAGUAGAUGAUGUGGCAUGGAACGAGAGUCCAAAGUCAACAUUUAAAAUGAAGGACGAGACUAUCAGUUAUCUUGAUUAUUAUUACAAGAAAUACAACAUCCGCAUAACGGAUGCGAACCAACCGCUGCUGAUAUCGCGCUCGAAGCCGCGCGACAUCCGCGCCGGCAUGCCGGAGCUGGUGUACCUGGUGCCGGAGCUGUGCCGCCAGACGGGGCUCUCGGACGAGAUGCGUAACAACUUCCAGCUGAUGCGCUCGCUCGCCUUGCACACCAAGAUCGGUCCCGACGUACGCAUACAGAAGUUGAUGCAGUUCAAUAGGCGGUUGACGCAGACCAAGGAGGUGGUGCAGGAGCUUGGAUCCUGGUCUUUGAGACUGUCAAAUGACCUGGUGCGCUUCAAGGGAAGGCAACUGCCUCCAGAAAAUAUUGUGCAAGGUGGUAACGCCAGAUACCGUGCUGGAGACACUACAGAGGGCUGGACAAGGGACAUGAGAUCCAAGCAUCUGCUUACAAUAGCGAGCGUACCCUCGUGGGUGGUAAUAACCCCUGGCCGGCAGCAGCGCGACGCGGAAGGUUUUGUCGAGCGUAUUAUGGAGACUGGUGGCGGGUGUGGUUUCCGCUUGCCCAGACCUGAGAUUGUUACUCUGCAAAGGGACUCGUCAGGCGAUUAUGCCAAUAUGUGCGAGAAUGUGAUUGCCCGUAAGAAUCCUGCUAUGAUGCUCAUUGUGUUGGCAAGAAAUUCUGGAGACAAAUAUGAAGCGAUAAAGAAAAAAUGCACAGUUGACCGUGCUGUGCCCACUCAGGUGGUUUGCGCGAGGAACAUGACCAGCAAGUCGGCCAUGUCCAUUGCCACCAAGGUUGCGAUACAGAUGAACUGCAAGAUGGGCGGCGCACCGUGGACGGUGGACAUCCCGCUGCCCACGCUGAUGGUGGUCGGCUACGACGUGUGCCACGACACGCGCUCCAAGGAGAAGAGCUUCGGCGCGUUCGUGGCGACGCUCGACCGCCAGAUGACGCAGUACUACUCGGCGGUCAACGCGCACACCUCGGGCGAGGAGCUCUCCGCGCACAUGGGCUUCAACAUUGCGAGCGCCGUCAAGAAGUACCGCGAGAAGAAUGGUGUGCUACCGGGAAGCAUUUUCAUCUACCGUGAUGGCGUGGGAGACGGGCAAAUUCCAUAUGUCUCUAGUCAUGAGGUAGCGGAGAUCAAAAAGAAGUUAACCGAGAUAUACGGCGGGCCGAACUUCAAGAUGGCGUUCAUAAUCGUGUCGAAGCGGAUCAACACGCGCGUGUUCGUGGAGCGCGGCCGCUCCGGCGAAAACCCGCGCCCCGGGACCGUCAUCGACGACGUCGUCACGCUGCCCGAACGGUACGAUUUCUUCUUGGUGUCUCAGAAUGUGCGCGAAGGCACCAUUGCACCAACAUCAUACAACGUGAUUGAUGAUUCGUCCGGCUUGGAUCCUGACAGAAUUCAACGUCUGACGUACAAGCUUACGCACAUGUACUUCAACAACUCGACGCAAGUGCGCGUGCCGUCGGUGUGCCAGUACGCGCACAAGCUGGCCUUCCUCGCCGCUAACAGCCUGCAUGGUCAACCGCAUUACUCUUUCAACGAAACAUUGUACUUCAUAUAGUCUCUAUGUAUCGAUAAGGAUAUUUCGCAAAACCAGAUGAAGCCGAGCUUUGUGAAGGUUUUGAUUUACUUUUUCUUUUUAUUUUUGAGUUCAGUUAGGGUGUUCCAACAUGUUCGGUACAUUGGGUUCUGAUUUUUGACCUACUUUAAGUAUUUUUUUUUAUGUUUAAGGAUAUAAUAUAGCUACUGCAGAUAUUGUAAAUCUCACUCAAAUUUCAAGUCAUUUAACUGUACGUGUGUGUACAAUAUGCGGCCCACCUAUAGUUAUUUACUAUUUAAGAGACUGCCAUGAUCAUUAUUUUAAGUUUUAUUAGAAUUUAACGCUUUUUUUAUUCAUUAAUUUUGCUUUUUGUAAUUCAACCAAAUUUUUUAGUUUAUCAUUGUUUAAUAAAUAUUCAUUCUAAUUGAGAAAGAUGUAUGCAUAAAUACAAAUUAUGCAAGUGGAGUCUUGGAGUGUUCGAUUUAAAGUGCAUUUUAAUGUAUCGUAGUUAGUGAUUAAACUGUGAUACGGGUGUUAAUUGUAAUACAAGUCAAGAGAUACAUGUGAUAUCCAGUAUAAGGAUCUGUUGAGCUAUAUUUUUUGAUUAGAUAGUUAUUGACGUCAUCGUAAUAAAAUUAAGGAUUAGGCUGAAACAAUAUUGUUUUCACUUUUCAACAUCUUUUGGUCAAUAUCUUAGCAAUAAGAGAAGGAAGAUCCUAUUGUUACAUUUCUAUAGAUUUAAGGUUUUGUUACUAUUUUUGAAUAAAUAUUACUUUCGUA